AGGGCCAGGAUAAGGCAUUAGCAAAUGGAACCCAGGUCUUUACUCUGAAUUUUAGAUUCCCAGAUCAAUUAAAACAUAAAUAAUUUAAUAUUUCCAAAAUGCUUAUAACAAAUCCUGGUUAUAGUAAGAAAAAAAUACAUGCCAGUCAUUACUCAUGAAUAAAAAUAAAACAUCAUCAGUAUUUCUGUUGGUUCUGUGAUUAGAAACUUACAUUGUAAGUGAUCAGUAAGAAUGUGUUGGAUGAAUUGAUGAAUUAAUCGAUGAAUAACACCACAUAAGCAAAAAAAACCAAUUUCCUGGCACACAAAAUAUUUGAUUGUUUGAUCAUAAAUAGUACUAUGGAAAUAAAAAGCAGGGGGAGACGGAAACAGUGAUAAUACCUCCAUUUUAUCUUCCCCUUUUCUUACUGUAGGAAAACACACAUAAAUUUUAAGGUAUGUAAUGAUCAUAUGAGACUGGUCAUGCUAAUGCUGAAUCAAACAGACUUGUCCCCAGCCUUAUUCAUUCUGAAUGGAGUCCCAGGACUAGAAGACAUGCACAUCUGGAUUUCCUUCCCAUUCUGCUCUAUGUAUGUUGUGGCUGUGGUAGGCAAUUGUGGACUCCUGUAUCUCAUUCGUUAUGAAGACUCUCUGCACAGGCCUAUGUACUACUUUUUGGCAAUGCUUUCUCUAACUGACCUUGUCGUGUGCUCCAGUACAAUUCCUAAGGCUCUCAGCAUUUUCUGGUUCCAUCUCAAGGAAAUCAGCUUUGAUGAAUGCCUGGUCCAGAUGUUCUUCACCCACACCUUCACAGGGAUGGAAUCUGGGGUGCUCAUGCUUAUGGCCCUGGACCGCUAUGUGGCCACCUGCUACCCUCUGCACUACUCAACAAUCCUCACCAAUCCUGUCAUUGCAAAAAUUGGGCUUACCACAUUUCUGAGAGCUGUGAUUCUCAUCAUUCCCUUCACUUUCCUCACCAAGAAUCUACCCUAUUGCAAAGGCAAUAUCAUUCUCCAUACCUACUGUGACCACAUGUCUGUGGCCAAAUUAUCCUGUGGAAAUGUCAAGGUCAAUGCCAUCUAUGGCCUGAUGGUGGCCCUCCUGAUUGGGGGUUUUGACAUCUUGUGCAUCACAAUCUCCUAUACCAUGAUCCUUCGGGCAGUGGUCAAGCUCUCAUCGGCAGAUGCUCGGCAGAAGGCCUUUAGCACCUGCACUGCCCACAUCUCUGCCAUUAUUUUCUCCUACAGUCCAGCUUUCUUCUCUUUCUUUUCCCAUCGUUUUGGGGGCCACAUAAUCCCUCCAUCUUGCCACAUCAUUGUGGCCAAUAUUUAUCUGCUCCUGCCUCCUACUAUGAACCCUGUUGUCUAUGGGGUGAAAACCAAGCAGAUAAGAGACUGUGUCCUAAGAAUACUUUCAGGUUCUAAGGACACAAAACCCCAGAGCAUAUGA